UCGUCUUUGCAUUGCGUGCGUACUCUGUUGGUGUUUUAAGUGAAAAACCUUAUAAAAAUGGAAAACGGUUGGGAUUUAAUGGUGUCACGAAUCGUCCGUGUGUACAACCUUGCGAAUACUGUCCAGAAAUAUCAAGGAGAAGUGGAAACUGUGCGGAAAAUGCAAUCCAUUCCCGAGGUUAGGAAAGCUUGUCGUUCUUGGUUGAAAAAACUGCCGACCGUGCGUGGGAAUGACGAGGAAAAGUCACACCUGUAUCGGGAAAAUGGAAAUGAAAUUUUCCGCGGUCGAAAAAGUCCGCACGUAGCGCUUGAGGCGUACAGUAAGGCAAUUUUUGCCGCUCCGCAGGGAUCGGCCGCUCUUGCAAUGGCGCACGCGAACCGGGCACUGGUGUUGAUGAGUCUGAAGCGUUUCAAGGAAGCCUACGAAGAUUGUCAGUUGGCGCUGGAGGGUGCCUAUCCGGAGGAAAAUAAACUGCGAAUACGCUUUCGGCAGGCAGAAUGUGCUCUGAAUAUUCGGGACCGUGAUGGGCUGGAGAAGGCGCUGGACGAAAUUGGAAAGGUUUCCGAUGAACAGGAGUUGGCUCCCUUUGAGGUGGAGAGAUAUAAAAGACUGCAACAGCUUGCGGAAAUGAUUGCCAUAACAGAAAUACAACAGGAUAGUGUCGAUACGGAGCUCGUCUUGCCACAGCUUGAAGAGAAAUCAUCCGAAGAAGUUGGAAGGUAUAUGGUAGCGAAAGAAGACAUCAACAAAGAUUUGCCAAUAGUACAGGAAAAGGCAGCUUCAUUCGUCCCCGUGUACGACCCAAGGGGUCGUUCAGAGUUACCCCCUUUUGAUUGUCAGUAUUGUGGUGACGUAAAUGUCAUUCCUUUUCCAUGUUCUACUUGUGGAAGAGCCUGCUAUUGUAGUCGAGCCUGCCGCGAAGAACAUGUUCCUGUGCAUCAAUAUGAGUGUCCUGGGUAUAUGAAACACCUAUGGUAUCUUAUCGGAAUAGCCCACCUGGGAGUUCGAAGUUUUCUGGAUGGAUUUGAGAGUAGUAUGCAGAAAAUAAGCAAUAUAGAUGACUGUACACCCGAUGUGCUGUUCAACAAGUUUUUAGAAAUAUCGGAAGAGCAGCGGGAUAGUUAUCAGUACGGCAAGGUUUUUAGGCUCGUAACUAAUUUCGAGCGAAUGUCGUUAUCUGAUGUGAUCCAGUAUUCGUUGACUUCUUACAUGCUGGCGGUUUAUCUAAGCGAGUCGACGAAUUUCUUCAAAAAUCUAGGAGAUAAAACGUCUAUGAUGUCAAAGGAUGAUUGGAUACUCUACGCUGCCAGUGUUAUUUUUCGACAUAUUGGUCAAUUAGUCUGUAACGGACAUGCAGUUAGCGAAUUGCGUGGAGGCAUUGCUUCCGAAAAUAACUGUUUGGAAGCUGAUAGCUUCAACAUACGAGCUGGAUUUCUUCACCGUUAUUAUGAGAGCGCACGUGUGUUUACGGGAAUAUUUCCGCAAGUUAGCAUGUUCAAUCACUCAUGUGAACCGAAUAUUCGAAAUACUUUCAGCAAAAGUACACUAACAGUUUAUUCAGCGCGUGAUAUUAAAACAGGCGGAGAGAUAUUCAAUUGUUAUGGCCCAAAUUGUAGGCUGAUGAACAAAGCAGAACGCACUUCUGCGCUCCGACAGCAGUAUUGCUUUGAAUGUAGGUGUACUCGAUGUGCUUCGGGGAAAGAUGAUGCUUACGAGCAAUAUGAACAAUUCAAGUGCCCGUUUUCCAAAUGUUCGAAGUAUUUCUUGAUCAAGCAAAAUGUUGAUCCAUUCGAAAAAGACAUCAAAUGUCCUUUGUGUAAGCGAAUUAUCGACUGUUCUUGCUUCCAGCUCAUCGCCAGUGGAAUGUCCAGUGAGCAAGAAAGUUGCUACGAAGACUUCGAGGACGCAAUGAAUGCAUACAGCAAGUGCGCACUGGUGCUGUCUCAGUACCAUGAAACCAAGAUAACUCUUGCGCACAUGAUUUUCAUACAAUAUCUGCCAUUCUCUGGAUUGGACGAGAGAUGUUUGAAGGCGCUGAAAAAGCUAGCCCAAGAGUUUAUACACAUCCGCGAGCAUCGCUUCGGUAAAAUGAGUCCCGAAUAUGUUGUGGGGUGUUUUUACUUGAUGGAUCUACUGGUGAUCGAAUCCAAGUGCGAAGGGGAGUUCAUUAUGGAUCCAGAAUCGGCUGAAAUUAUGCAUGAUUUUAAAAAGGCUAUCGAAAUAUUCGGUAGUAAUACUAAGGGUAAGAUUCUGCAGUAUUUGGAAACUCACAUAAGUCAUUAAAUUGAAAAUUAGUAUUUCUUUUAUGUGGAAAAUGUAUUUUUUAAUGGCUACCAUUAGCGCAUCAUGUAAAAAUAUUUCAGUUAUGGUAGAUUUCAUUUCACACGAUUUUUAAGGUUGAAAACAAAAGCCAAAAAAUUUACUCGACGCAAAAUAAAUCAAUUUUUGUGUUUAGUUCAAUAUUGUAUUACGUGUAUAAUAGCGGAUUGAUUAGCUUAGUUUUGCUACAAACAAUACACGAUGUUGAAAACGAAGCACAGCGAAUAUAUUUCUAAUAGGAAUUAAAAUGCUCAUCAUAGUGUACUAUUUCUAAGGACGCUUGACUUAAGAUACUUGAAUGGCUUAAUGUACCUUAUUAAGGCUAGCAUAAUGAUAGGAACCGUUCAUUGUUACCUAUGUAGCAUAUAGUGGAAUAUAUCUUGUUUUAUUUUAUAUGCUAUAUAUAUAAUACAUAUCAUAAAUAUGUUUGUCCAUUUUGCAUGACAAAGCGUGACUGCUUCAAACAAAAAAUGACCGACAGGUACUAAAGACAACCAUACCAUGACUAGCUGCCAUCAAUAGUAGACAACUACUUUAUUUCAUUUCAUUACGUUGCAGUGUUUCUCGAAAUAAACCUAAAGGUAACCCUCUCGUUAUCCAAAGAAUCGUACUCUUUUAAUAAAGAAUGGUAGUAUACUAGGGCAAAAAAAGGCUAUAAUACUAGUGUUCAGUUCCU